AUGAGCGCGCCCGCGCCAAACGGCCCACGAUGGCGGAACAGUCCUUUCGCAAGGAAUUCACAAUCGCCAUCGCCGGCGCCGGCACCACUUAAUACCCGUCCGAAGUCUGCUCUCUUCUCGUCGCCGCUGGCGGAUCAGCAACCCGUCAUGGGCCACGCCCGCAAUCAGUCUCUCAACCAGCUGAGUAGCCCGCUGCUCUCUCGAAACGAAUCGACCCGCCUUCGCGCCAAUUCGAACCGGAAUAGCACACCUGCGGGAACAUUUGCGCCCAAAUUCAUAGAAGACGGCACUCAGGACUUGCCAGAGGUGCGCGGCAUCGAGGGAGAAAACGACUUCUCAGGCAAGCGCUAUGUCUGGCUACGAGAUGCUAAGACCGCCUUUGUACGGGGUUGGGUAGUAGAGGACCUUCCAGGAGGGCAAAUACUUGUACAGUGCGAUAAUGGAGAGCAACAUGAGGUGGAAGCAGAAUCGGUGGACAAGGUCAAUCCGGCCAAGUUCGACAAGGCCAACGACAUGGCUGAGCUCACGCACCUCAAUGAGCCUUCCGUUAUUCAUAACCUGCACAUGCGUUACCAAGCAGACCUGAUAUACACCUACUCCGGACUGUUCCUCGUAACAGUAAACCCAUAUUGCCCGCUUCCCAUAUAUUCGAGGGAAUACAUCAACAUGUAUCGAGGGAGGAGCAGAGAAGAGACAAAGCCACAUAUUUUCGCAAUGGCUGACGAGGCAUUCCGGAAUCUGGUGGACGAGGGUGCCAACCAAAGUAUCUUAGUAACCGGAGAAUCAGGUGCUGGUAAAACAGAGAACACUAAAAAGGUUAUCCAAUAUCUUGCAGCAGUUGCACCUUCAGAUACCCCCCGCGGGAAGUCGGGCGGCAGACAGCACUCAAAUCUCUCUGAGCAGAUCCUCCGCGCGAACCCCAUCCUCGAAGCCUUCGGAAACGCCCAAACCGUUCGAAAUAACAAUUCGUCUCGUUUUGGCAAAUUCAUUAGGAUUGAAUUCACCCGCACUGGUCAAAUUGCAGGUGCCUAUAUCGACUGGUAUCUGUUGGAGAAGUCGAGGGUCGUCCGGCUCAAUGCAAAUGAGCGUAAUUACCACGUGUUCUAUCAAUUGCUCCGCGGUGCGGACCAACAGAUGAAGCGGGAAUUCCUUCUGAACGACUUGGAUGUGGAGGACUUCGACUACACCAAGCAUGGCAACGACCAGAUCUCGGGCGUCUCAGAUCGCGACGAAUGGAAUACGCUGAUUGAGGCUUUCCAUGUAAUGGACUUCUCCGACAAGGAACAAGCCUCGAUCUUGAAGACAGUUGCGGCCGUACUUCAGCUCGGCAACAUUAAAGCGAUCAAGGAGAGCCGGCGAGCAGACCAGGCCGCUUUCGACCCUGAGUCGGUUGAACAGGCACAGAAAGUGUGUCAACUUCUCGGAAUCCCUAUGGAAGACUUCGUCAAGGCUUUGUUGCACCCGCGCGUUAAGGCAGGUCGCGAAUGGGUAGAGAAGGUUCAGACCCCAGAACAGGUCAAUCUCGCUAUUGAUGCCCUGGCGAAGGGUAUUUAUGAGCGAGGUUUUGGUGACCUUGUCGACCGCAUCAAUCGUCAACUGGACCGUACAGGAUCAGGCGGUGAUGAUUCCCAUUUCAUUGGGGUUCUCGAUAUUGCUGGGUUCGAAAUAUUCGAGGACAACUCCUUCGAACAACUUUGCAUCAACUAUACGAACGAAAAGCUGCAGCAAUUCUUUAACCACCACAUGUUCGUUCUGGAGCAGGAAGAGUACGCCCGUGAACAGAUCGAGUGGAAGUUCAUUGAUUUCGGACGGGAUCUCCAGCCGACCAUCGACCUCAUCGAGUUGCCCAAUCCCAUUGGUAUCUUUUCCUGUUUGGAUGAGGAUAGUGUUAUGCCAAAAGCUACGGACAAAAGCUUCACUGAAAAAUUACACUCUCUGUGGGAUCGCAAAAGCACGAAGUACAAGCGCUCGCUGCUGACCCAAGGCUUCAUGCUAACACAUUACGCUGCUGAAGUCGAGUAUUCCACAGAGGGUUGGCUAGAAAAGAAUAAGGAUCCACUGAAUGACAACGUCACCCGCUUACUUGCUGGUUCUACGGAUAAGCACGUUGCGAACCUUUUUGCGGAUUGUGCAGAUACCGAUGACGACUUCGGAGGCGCUCGAAACCGUGUCAAGAAAGGCUUGUUCCGGACGGUGGCUCAACGACACAAGGAGCAGCUUUCUACAUUGAUGACGCAACUUCACUCAACUCAUCCCCAUUUUGUGCGUUGCAUUCUUCCGAACCACAAAAAGCGGCCAAAGCAAUUCAGUGCCCCUCUAGUGCUCGACCAGCUACGAUGUAACGGUGUGCUAGAAGGAAUAAGGAUUGCCCGCACUGGUUUCCCUAAUCGACUUCCGUUCGUGGAAUUCCGUCAACGCUACGAAGUCCUUUGCAAUGACUUGCCCCAAGGGUAUCUUGAGGGUCAGGUUGCAGCCAAAAUGAUCCUCGAAAAGCUUCAUCUGGACACUGCGCUCUAUCGUGUUGGUAUAACCAAGGUCUUUUUCCGCGCCGGUGUUCUAGCAGAGUUAGAAGAGCAACGCGACGCUCUCAUUCGCGACAUCAUCAGUCGGUUCCAGUCCGCGGCCAGAGGCUUCAUCCAACGUCGCAUUGCUCACAAGCGCUUAUAUCGAGCUGAGGCCACGCGUAUCAUCCAGCGAAACUUCCAAGUCUACCUUGACCUGCAAUCCAAUCCUUGGUGGAGACUCUUUGCCCGCAUGAGGCCGAUGCUUGGAGCAACUCGUCAAGCCGCCGAAGUCAAGAAGCGGGACGAGAUGAUCCAGAAGCUCGAAGAGAAGAUGCAGCAGGAAGCGGAAGACAGAAUGCGAGUUGAGGAUGAUCGUCGUCGAGCGGAGAUGGACAUUCAACGCAUUCAGAAGACUUUGGAAAGUGAACGUGCUCUGGCCCUUGAUAAGGAGGAGAUAUUCAAGCGUCUUCAGAUCCGCGAAGCCGAACUUUCUGAGAAACUUGCCGAAGCCAUUGAGGAUCAGGACAAGCUUGAAGAUCAGCUGGAUGUACUCAUGGAAGCCAAGAAGAAGACUGAAGAGCAGGCUGAGCUUUGGCGCAACGAGCUUGAGCAGGCAGGACAAAUCAUUGGCAACCUGGAGGGCGAGAAGCAAGAUCUGGAAGACCAGCUCACCAAGCUAGAUCAACAAUUGGUGGAUUUGGAGAACGCAAAGUCUGAACGCAGUCAGGCUGAGGAGUCUUUGAACCAAGAAGUCAAGAUGUUGACGAGCCAUCUGUCUUUGAAAGAACGGAAGCUACAGGAUCUCGAAGCGAAGCUGUUGAAGACCGACCAAGACCUGGACAUUAAGCUUGCGGCAUCUAACAAGGAGCUGCAGAAUACGAAGCAGCAAGUCAAAGAAUUGCUUGACGAGAAUCGUCAGGUGCGCCAACAAAUCGCUGACCUCUCGUCUACGUCAACGAGCUACGAAGACUUGAUCAGACGGAAAGAGAGCGAACUAGCGAUUCUCAAAACAGACCUCAAAUCCUACGAAUCCGACCGGCAGCUCUUUGAUAGUGAGAAGAAAACGCUGGCCUCGAAGCAUGACGAUCUGCAGAGUCGCCUCCGCGACGCAAAGGCAGAGCUUGAUGCCAUGCGUUCCCAAAAGCAGCAACUCGAACGUGAAGCUGUAGAUGCCAAGCGUUUGCUGGAGGAGAAGAUUUCCGAAGACGCCAAGUCUGGCGAGGGAAGGAGACUCCUCGAGGAACAGAUCGAAGACCUCAAGAGCCAAUUGUUCGAGGUCCAACGUGAACUUAGCCGUGAGCGACAAUCUCGCGAUGACGUUGAGCUCCUUGGGGAACACAAGUUCGAUACGCUGCAACGCGAUUUCGACGCUCUGAACGAGUCGAAGAUUACCAUCGAGAAAGAGAUGUAUGCUCAGCAGGACGUGCUUCGAAGAGCUACUGAAUCUCGGGUGGCGGUAGAGAAGGAGCGGAAGGACUACCAGACUGAACUUCGGACCCUUCGCGAAAAGUACCUGAAGCUGCAGGAGGAGAAGUUGGAUGCCGACGCAGCGGCAGAGCGUACGCACAGUAGGCUUGCGAUGGAACGGCAAGCGGCUCAGCUUAAGGAGCUCGAGGCGAAGGACCAGCAACUGGACCAGCUUGAAGCGGAGAGAAAUGAUCUUGCUGAACAGGUCCACAGCCUCACGCAGAUGCUUGGUGACUCAGAAUCCUUCAAACUCCGCAACGAUCAACAGAAGGAACGUCUUGAACGUGAGGUGGUCACCAUCAAGGGCCGCCUUACUGCAUCCGAGAACGACAACCGGGCUCUGUUGAACAAGCUCCAGCAGAAAAAUCUCGAUAUUGCACGAUCUAACUCAAGGGCCGGAGAUACUCAACGAUCCCGCAUUGCGCAGCUUACGACCGAGAAGGGCAAGGCCGAAGAGGACAACAAGCGCCUUACUCAUCAAUUAGAAGAUGCUCAGUUGACCAUUGCCUCCCUAGAGAAGCAGAAAGAGAAACUUUCUCUUAGCUUGGAAGACCUCAAUCACGAGAUCAACAGAGAGCAUAAGUCCAGCCGCAAUGCCGAGAAAACCUCUUCCACUGUCGGUCUCCAGUUGGCGGAUGCGAAUCGAAAGCUCGAAACCGAGAGGCAACUGCGAACUCAAGCUCAGGCAAACACGCGCGCCGCUCAGUCAGCCUUGGAUAGCAGCAAUAGUGAGCUCGAAGAAUGCCGUCAACAGCUUGUUCUGCUUCGUAAGGUUUUCAAUCCUGAUGCUGAAGAUGGUCCUAUAACCUACGACGGCGUCAAACCAGAAAUCACCAAGGCCGUUGACGUGGCUGAACGCUUGGAAGCCGCCAAUCAAGCUCUUCGCGUGGCUACGGAACGUUACUCUCGAGCUGAAGCUCAACUGGAUGAAUUGCGUGAUAGACAUGAGGACGAGAUCCACGAGAUGGAUACUCGCCACGCCAAUUCGAAGCGUGCUCUGCUCGAAGAGAUGAACAGCAGCCAAGUCAAUGGUCGCCGAUCGCCCUCACAUCAACGCAAGGAUAGCGAGCCCCGCAAGCAGUUCUCGCGAACGAACACUCCAACCAACCAAAGGCAUAUCAGUAAUGCCACAACCAACUCUGCAAGGUCUGAUCGUACUGUCGACACAGUGAUCCUGAACAAUCGUAUGGAUCUCGCCGCAGAAUUGGAACAGGUUCAAACCCAGCUGCAGAUGUCGGAGAUGCGCAAUCGACACCUCCAGAGCCAACUCGAUCGAUCCCCUGUUCGCAACGGCUGGCAGGAUGAUAGCCCGUCAGUCCGGCGCGUACAGAAGCUCGAGCGGGAAAACUUCCGUCUCCACGAUAUGCUCGACGACUCAGCAAAGAAGGUCUCCUCUUUGGAGCAUAGUCUCAGGUCUGGAGAACUGUCUUACAAGGAAGUGCAGACGAAGUCGCAUGAAGAGCUGUUCGAUCUUUUGAAUUCUCAAGAACAGUCCAGGAAGUCGCUACUGCAAGCACACAACGCCACCGUCAACGACCUUGCUGACGCAAAGACCUUGUUCGAUGAGAUCAAGCACGCGAAGGUCUCGCUCGAAGUUGAGCUUCGUGACACAAAGUCAGAACUUGAGGAGUUGCUCGACGAACGAGAGGAGGAACAGGCAAACCACGAUCAUCUUCUCCAGGAAUUCGCCGAUCUUCAGAUACGGUUAGACAACGAGACAUCCCGCCUCGUCGACGUCACUGCCAGCCUUGACCUAUACAAGAAUCGUGCGGAUGAGUAUUUCAACAAACUUGAACAGGCUGAGAUCGCUGUUCUGAAGGCGUCUCGGGCGGAGCAAUUUGCGAAGACUCAAGCACGGGAGGCCGAGGAGACGUGCGCCACGAUCAUGGCAGAGCGGAAGCAGAUGGAUGGCAUGGUUGAGGAUCUGCAACGACAGGUGCAACAGCAUGAAGAGCGCGUGGAAGAUCUCUCCACUGACCUUGGGAGUGCUCUACAAGCGAAGAAGCGCCUCCAGAAUGAGCUCGAGGACUACCGAAACCAACGAGAGCACGAUCUUGAGGAUACUGAGACCUCAAUAGAACAAACCCGGAAGAAGUAUCAGAACGAGCUGUCCUCGCUGACACAUGAGCUUGAUCUGGAGCGAGAGAACGUUCUUUAUGUUCGCGAAGAAAAUGGCCGGUUGAAGGAGGAGAUCGAAGAGCUCAGGAGCAAGUGGGACGAUGAGGUCCUCAACUCGUCCACUUGGGCGAAAGAGAAGAGCAGGCUCGAGAUGACGCUUCAGGACAUUUCAAAUUCGCGCGACGAGGCAGCAAAUGCCCACAACGAAGCACAGUCUAAGAUUGUCAGCCUACUCUCGCAGGUGCGCAAUCUUCGCACCAACGUCGAUGACAUUGCUGCCGAACGCGAUUCCGCCAUCGAAGAGAAGAGGCGACUUGAAGCACGCCUUCAAGAGGCGGCUGACAAGCUUGAGGACUUGUCACACUCAGAGUCACCAGCUAUGAGGAAUGCUGCCACGUACGAUCGCGAGUUGCUCGAGCUCAAAUCUGGCCUUGCUCAACAAGAAGACAUUGCCGCCGCUGCCGUUGGAAAGAUGCGACGUGCCGAAGCACUGGCGCAGGAGAUCCAGAAGGACAUCGUGGCCGAACGGGAAGCCAACGUUCAAUUGCACAAGGAAAAGGCCGCCGUAGAGAAAAAUCUGAAGGAUUUCCAGCUUCGCCUUGUUGAUUUGGAAACCAAAGGAUACACUGGCUCAGCUGGCAAGGACGUCAGGUUUUUGCAUGGCCGCAUUCAAGAGCUCGAGAAGGCUCUUGAAACAUCCGAGUCGACGCGUCUUACUGAAUCGCGUAGCGUUCGCAAUGUCGACCGAACGGUUAAGGACCUGCAGAACCAAAUCGAGCGCCGCGACAAGCAGAACGUGUCUGUCAUGGAGGACCUGAACAAGGCACGAGACAAGAUAUCCAGUCUUCUCUCCACCAUAGAUGAAAUCCAGUCCUCCGACUCCACCAAUCAUCUCGCCGCCAAACGCGCCGAGCGCGAACUUCGCGAAGAGCGAGAGAAGACCCUUCGUCUUGAGCGCGAGCUCGAAGGUUGGAAAGGUCUCCGCGUCGAGCGUCGCAGCGCCCUAGGUGUGCCGGGCGCAGGCAGCGAAGCCGGCGACAGCCGCAGCCGUCGCGGCUCAUCUAUCGGCCUACUAAUGGGUGAAAUGGGCGAGAUAGCCGCUGGCGAGAAGGCCAACGCGGGGAGUGUGCGAAGCUUGCGUGGUGGGCUACGACAACGGGUGGAUGAGGAUGGUGAUGAGAGGACGCUCGUCGACGAAGAGGUGGAAAAAGAGAUCGAGAUUACGGAUGAUGAUGGUAGUGAUGUCGACGAGAAGGGUGAGCUCAAAAGGAAGAGGACUAUUAGGGUCAUAAUCCGGUCUAGGGCGUUUUUGUGA